AUGAGUGAAAGGCAACAAAUGCAGUAUUCUGAGUGUAAUCAAUUUUCUACUUCAAUCACAUACAGCCCUAGUAAUAGAUAUCAGCCUGAAAUAUUAAGAGCUUUAAUUUAUGCAUAUGGCAAAGAAGAAAGCCAAGAAUGUCCAAGCAGUAAACCACUGUUAGUUGAACAGAUGGAUAGAAACUGUGUAGACAAUAAUGUGUGGUCAAAACCAUGGCAGAAUACAGAAGAGGAGGAGUUUGACUGGGAAGCUUUGAAGUCAAACAUAGUACACCAUAGUGGAAAUAAAAGUUCAUUACCUUCAACUGUUGGUUUCUCCAAUGAAAUUCCUGUUGUUGCAGCUAGUGCAACUUUGUCAGAGCAAAAUGGCAGCAAGGGUUGGCCUUCUUCUGGAUCUCAGCUUCCUCCACUACAUGAUUCCUCUGCUAUGGCGAUUAAGCAUAGUCUGGUCUCCUCUCAAUUUCAUGAUGCUAUGAAGGUUUCUCAACAUCGCUAUAACUCGUCUCAACAUAUCUUUAGUAAAAGUUAUGAAAACCCAAAUGGGGUUAGACAUGCAGGGCCAAUAAUGGUUUCUGGCAUUCCCUCUAAUGUGAAACCGCAUUCACCAGUUGUGCCUGCUUCUUCUGAAACAACACAUUCUCUAAAUCAGAAUGUCACUCGAUCUGCUAUUAUGAAGCAUGCUGUAAAUAGCUCUCUGAUUGUACCAGCACAGUCAAUUGGCGCCUUCGAGAACAAGGAUGCAAAUGCUACACAUAUGAAUCAGUUUCCUAACAAGCUUCCAGCCCAAGUUUCUUCCGACCAGAAACAUCACUGGGAAACACCACACCCCAUGUUUUUUCCAUCUCAGGAUCCAUCAACCUCACAGUAUAGUCAUGGGAUGAGUUUUUUGAAUACGUUACCUUCACCACUCCCAAGUAUUACAAACUACCCUUUUCAUCCUCGUGUUUUAUCUCAAAUGAUGAUACCUCGUCCAGAUGUUGAAGAUACCGAUUUACAUACUUCUCAAAUUUCUCAUGCUGUCAUCUCAUCGGAUAAACCGCUGCCGCCACAGAAUUCUAUCGGAACCGAGUUUAAAGCAGGCAAUCUGAAGGUUCCGCUUGAGUCUGUAGUGAAUUGCUUGUAUGCUGAUCUCCCGAGACAAUGCAGAAGUUGUGGGCUCAGAUUCAGAAGCCAAGAGGAACACAGAAGUCACAUGGAUUGGCACGUUACCAAGAAUCGGAGGCAGAGAUUGUGUCGUCAAUGGUUUGUGAGUUCGAGGAUGUGGCUUAGUGGUGCAGAGGCAGUGGGAACAAAGUCAGUUCCAGCUUUUUUUCCGACAGAAACAAAAGAAGAAACGAAAGAUGAAGAAGAGUGGGCAGUUCCAGCUGAAGAUGAACAGAUAGCAUGUGCAUUGUGCAAAGAGCCUUUUGAUAAGUUUUACAGUGAUGAAAUGGAUGACUGGGUGUACAGAGGAGCUGCAUACCUGUAUCAACCCACAGGAAAAUUAGCAACAACCUUGGACAGGUCUGAGUUAGGUCCCAUAAUUCAUGCUAAAUGCAGAUCACAACCUAGAAUGCCUCACUCCCAACAUCUUGGAAAGGAUGAUUAUGAAGAGGGUUACUCAAGUAAACGAAUGCGGAUUUGA